AUGUUUAGAAAUAAUCAACCAAGCACACUUUGGAGAUUAUUCUCUAAAUACAAGAUACAAGCAUUGGUCUUGUUUGUAGUAUUCCUUUAUUUAACUUCAUUCUUGUCUUAUACAAGUACUGAAGGUAAUAAUAACAACAAUAAUAACAAGAAGACACCAGUUGUUGACAACAAGACCAAUAACAAUAAGAACAACAAUAAUAAUGUAAUAAACAAAGUAACUAAAGUACCAGUAGACUAUAGAAAUGAACAUGUCGAUGGACAAGCAGUCAAUAUAGAAGAGACAAGAGGUAGUGAAGAAGGAACAGGAAAGCAACAAGAGCCACCAAGAAAACACGGUGUUCGUGAUGAAGCCGAUCCAAACCAUCAAAAGGAUCACCACACUGGCUCAGAGAUCAACAUUCCAAUCAACGACGGAUCUUCAUUUGACACUAUGACUGCCAACGGUGGUAACAUGGGUGGCAUGGAACAAGAAAACAAUGUCAAACUUCCACACGACGUUACUAUCGUUAUCUUGGGUUACACUCUUCACAAGGAUGGUAUGCCAUCACGUAUCCUCAAAGAACGUGUUGAAUUGGCCGUUGAAACUUAUUCACGUCUCAAAGAAAAUGAUAAUCUUAAUCCAAUCAUUGUAUUAUCUGGAAAGAGCAAACCAAAUGAUUUUGAUGAAACAGAAGCAGAAUACAAGACAGAAGCAGAUGCAAUGAGAGAUAUUAUUACAACUACCUAUGAUAUUGAUGAACGUGACAUUUACAUGGAUUUACGUGCAACCAAUACCGCAGAGAAUGCAAACAACACACUCACUAUGAUGUUGGCAAAGAAUAUUGUGCGUUGUAUCAUCAUUACCAGCGAUUUCCAUCUUCUCCGUUCACAAUACACCUUCCAAACUGUGUUCCCAGCUCAAAUCGAUUUAGAGUUUUAUGGUGCAGAGACAUCGGAAAAGAUGCGUAAAACUAUGGGUACUUCUGAACGUGCACUCUUUGAAAGCUCACAAAAGGAUCUUAUGAACAUGGGUAUCAUCGAGACUGACGUUGUCGGAUACCAUCCAUUCCGUAACGUGCCACGUUGGAGAAUGAUUGAAAGAGAAAUCGAAUUGGACGCUCGUAUGAAGCGUGAUAUUGGCAAACACCCACUAUGUGUCGACUAUGGAUCCAACCAAGGCUACUUUUCAACUAGUCUUGCUCAAAAACUACCACACUCUCGCAUCAUGUCAUUGGAAGGUGAAAAGACCCAAGAAUACAAAUCAGCUGCCACCAUUCAUCAAGAAACUCUUGAUGAAUUGAAUAUAAAGAAUGAUUUUAUUUGUAAUACUACUGUUAGACCUUUCAUGUUUAUGGAACUUGUAAGCCAAAAUCAUGUUUAUGAAUAUCAAUUAUGUUUGAGUAUUUUCCAUUGGUUUGGAAUGAAGAAUAGAGAGGAAUUUGAUAAGGUUUUGUUUGACUUUUUGUUGAAUAGUAAAACAUCGUUUUUGGAGUUACCAGAAUCCAUGGUCUACGUUGGACCACAUGGACACGGUCAACAUGAAUGGCAAAGAGUCAACAGAUGGUACGAAGGUAGAUCGGAAGAAGUCAUCCUCGAAGACAUUAGAACCAAAUACAAUUUGAAUAUGUCUUGGAAGGUUCUUGGUGCCAUCAGACACGACAAUGGAACCAUUCGUAAGAUGAUCAGAGUCGAUGUCAAUCCAAAACAAGAUACUCGUGAUCCAUUACCAUUUGAAGAUUUGAAAUCAAUUUAUCAAUGUUAUGUUAACCCAAAAAAAUAA